UAAAGGCAUGAACUUCAAACAGCUUCAAAAGCUUCUUGGAAGAUCAUGGCGCCGAACCAACGUCAACGUCAACUUUUUAUUUCAAAGAAAGAAUUGAAAAAACUCAAUGGCAGAAGAUUCUCAAAACCAGAAGAAUCGUCCGAUGUUGGUCUCAUUUAUCCUAGCGUGGAUACAGCAUUUAAAUUGCUUUUAUCAGCUAGAUUUUGCUCAGCUACAUGGAGUCAUAUAACAGAUUGCGAUGAAACAUAUAAUUAUUGGGAACCAAGUCACUAUUUACUUUAUGGAAACGGCCAACAAACAUGGGAAUAUAGUCCACAGUAUGCUUUAAGGUCCUAUAUGUAUUUGUUAAUUCAUAUGGUACCAGCAAAACUCUACCAUUAUUUGUUAGAACCAAAUCCUGUUUUAGUCUUCUAUUUUGUAAGAUGCCUUCUAUCUCUGGGAUGUGCAUUAUCCGAAGCAUACUUUUAUAAAAAUGUAUGUAGAGAAUUUGGAAUUCAUAUAGGCAGAUUGACAUUAGUAUUCCUAAUUUUCAGUUCUGGCAUGUACAUUGCUAGUGCUGCAUUUUUACCAUCUUCUUUCUCAAUGUAUUUAAGUACUAUUGCUACAGGUGCUUGGUAUGGACGUCAAUAUGAAUUAGCUAUUUUUGCCACUGCCAUAUCGGCUCUAUUAGGAUGGCCAUUUGCUGCACUGCUUGGGUUACCAAUUGCAAUGGAAAUGUUAAUACAGAAGCAUGAGUGGAGUAAAUUUAUAAAAUGGGUAAUUAUAUCUGGUGUUGUUAUUUUGAUACCAAUGGUAUGGAUUGAUUCAAUGUACUAUGGAAAAUUGGUAAUAGCACCAUUAAACAUUGUAAUGUACAAUGUUUUUACUAAUCAUGGACCAAAUAUUUAUGGAACCGAACCUCUCAGUUAUUAUAUUUACAAUGGAUUUUUGAACUUCAAUUUCAUUUUUAUUGGUGCACUUUGGGCUCCAUUCGGAUUGUUUUUAGUGUGGCUAAUUGUUCCAUCGCGACCGAGGGAUCGAUUGUGUUUGUCUUAUUGGUACUCUCUGGCGCCAUUGUACCUCUGGUUUUUGGUCUUUUUCUUUCAACCUCAUAAGGAAGAACGAUUUCUAUUUCCCGUCUAUCCAAUGAUUUGUUUGGCUGGAGCAAUAGCUGUGGAUGUCAUUCAAAAAUUGUACUUCUUUAUUAGAACAAAACUUAGUCCCCUGCAUAUCGCUUAUCAUUAUUUACAGUAUACUAUUCAUAUUACGAUCAUGACGAUCUUAAUAUGUGGUCUUCUUGGUAUAUCAAGAUCAUUGGCGAUAUAUAAAGGUUAUUAUGCCCCAAUGGAAAUAAUGAUAGAAACUAAUAAACUUGAAUUAGAAGGUGAAAUAUCCAAGGAUAUGAAUAUCAAUUUUUGUAUCGGUAAAGAAUGGCACCGAUUUCCAAGUAGCUUCUUCUUCCCAGCAAAUAAUUGGAAACUUCAGUACUUGAGGUCAGAUUUUAAGGGGCAAUUACCACAAGCUUUUUUAGAUCACGAAAACGCAACUAGUAUAAUUCAACCCCAUUUUAAUGAUAUGAACAGAGAAGAACCAACACGUUAUAUUAGUUUAGAUAAAUGCCAUUUUGUAUUAGACUUGGACAUAGGAACUGAAACAGCUUUAGAACCAAAUUAUUCUCGAUUAACUGAUAAUUUUACGAUAAUAAAAUCAUCUAAAUUUUUAGAUUCUACUAGAUCACAUCAGUACUUUAGAGCAUUUUUCAUACCUUUUGCAUCGCGGCAAUUUUGUACAUAUGGCUCCUACAAUUUAUUACAAAAUAGUAAAUUUAAAUCUAUUUCCGUUUUAUCAAAAGAAAAGAACACAAAGUCUUCUUAAAUGGAGAUUCUGGUAUGUCUAUAAUUUUAAUAAACAGGGUCUCUAUCAGGGAAAUUAUACCAAAAACUGGAGCAAUUUGAAAUGUCUAAAUAUUUGAUAUAUUAAGUUAAAAUGUGUUGUAAUUGAAAAUGCAUUCCAAAUUAAGCAUAAUGCAUAAGUACUACUAUUGUGGCGAAAAGUUUUUGUAUCAAAUUUUUGAAUAGACCAGGAUUCAUUCCAACAAAUAAUUAUUAGUGUAUGGAACAUAUAUACAUUUAUAUAAUAUGAUGCAUAUAAAAUAUAUUCCAAAGUAGAAAUGAUUUUAUGUCAUACAUACGGCAAUUAGUUUGCAUCAUUGGAAUACUGGUGGAUAUGAGAAGUGCUCAUAAAUUAUAAUAAAUUUAAUAUAUAAAUGUUAUUUGUCUAAAUGUUAUGUACGUACAUACUAAACGUUACAUGUUGGAAGUAUGUGUAAUGGCUUAAUUACUUUCUAACAUUGGUGGAGCUUUUAUCAUCGUGUAUAAAAACGAAUACCAAUAAGUGACCAAAUAUCCUUAUACUUGUCCUUUAGAAUAAUCCUUUUUUAGGGCAUAAAUGAUACUAGUCCACGUAAUGAUAAGAACAGAAUAACUAAAAUGUAAUUUUCUCACUAGGUACAUAAUAUUUGUUAUUUGUUUUAUUAUUAAAUUCACAUAUGCUUUUGCAUAUAAUUAAGUACAUAUUUUAUAAUCAACAAAUUUUUGUAUAUAUAUUAGUAAAAGUAUGAGUAAGAUAUUUAAAAGAAUGUAAAUAUAAUUGAUUUUAAUUGUAAAUACACUAUAAAUUAUUGUAUGAUCUUUUAGAAAUGUCCAGAUAGAAGUUACUAUAAUUGUCUUCAAUUGUAUCGAGACCUUCUGAUUUUCAGAAGUAUAGUUCAUAUUUAUUUAUGAUAGCGUGAAUAACUGUUGUCAAAGAGUAUAUGUUCUAUUAAAUGUGUGCAUCUAAUUGCUACAGCAUAUAGUAAUAAGUAAAUAUAACAAUUUAUAGUAUUUUAUACUGCUUUCAUAAUUAUUAAAUAAUGAAUGACGGAUAAAAAGACUCAACAGUCAUUUCAACAAUUGUUUAAUUAUUUACUAUGAAAUUUAAUUUUAUAAUUCAAAUUUCAAUUUUUAUUAAAUGAGUAACGAAUACACGCUUGUUUAUCUUUUAUGCGUUAUUCAAAAUUUUCAUCUAGAUACUUUUGCAUACAUAUACAGCAU